AGUGGAGGUUUUAGACGAGGAAGUGCUAAAUCUCCACUUACGGCUUUGACGCGCGGAUUCAAACCUCUGGAUGCAGAACGAGGCAUCUCCAGUCUGCCGCCUUAUUCACUGAGCUAGCAGGAAUUGCCGUAAGCCUUGUGUUUCACAGUGAUUAUAAUGUUGUUGUUGUUAACUUAGGUUUUAAGGAUGGAUUGACUUGACUGUUGUUUCGUCAAUGAAUCAGUGGUAAUAUUUUGCUCUGAAACAAGAAGAAGUUCCAUCUACAGUGAAGUACGUAUCCUAUUCUACACCAGAUGCACCAUUUUCCAAGGGCACCAGAAGUUAAAGAGACAUCAAGCGGCAGCUUUUUAUAGCUUUUAAAAAGAUUUAUAAUUUUGGACAAUACAUGUACAUGUAUGUAUCCACACAAUAAAUGACAACCAUGAUUAUAAUGGAGUGUUUUUAUGAUUCGAUACCUUAUCAAAUCGGUUGAAAAAAAACCCCACCCACUAGAGUAACUGAAGCAGUGCAGCAAGUUCUUGUUCUGUAAGUCUAGAUUAUUGACAAAUUUCAAAAUGGCCACCCCUGGAGGAUCGUCAAGCAGCAAGAAGAACAAGAAAAAGAGGAACAGCGCCCCCGUAGUCUCGUCCCCCAACACCAUCACAUACGGACCUCCACCUCCCCAGGCAGGUGCCUAUCCUGCAGUGCCGGUGCAACGUCCGGGCUACCCCAUGCAACCUUCAUUCUAUGCCCCUGCCGGGUACCCAGUACAGCCGCCUGGGGGGUUCCUUGCCCCUGCACCAGCAGCGGGUGCUCCUAGGAUGGCGGUCCCAGCCAUUCCUGUGAUGCCACAACAACAGAUGCCACAGCAGCCCCCACAGGGGCAACUAGACUUUGAGCAGGCAAUGUCUGAUUUCAAGGGUAUGUUCCCUGAGAUGGACCGGGAUGUGAUCGAGACUGUUCUGAGAUCCAACAAUGGUAAGGUAGAUGAGACCAUUGAUCAGCUUUUAAAAUUGAACGCCGACAUCCCCGACAGGGCACCACCACCUGCCAUGCCCCCGUCGUCAGCGGCUAUACCUGUACCCCCAUCACACCUCCCACCACAGAUGAUUCCCCCUGAUAAUUUCCCUGAUCAGCCGCCUCCGUACUCUCCUCCGGAACCAGAUAGUCCUUUCUCAAGAUUCAACAGUAACACGAAUGCCCAGUCCAACACUGCCAGAGGAACCCCUCCCGUGCCAAGCAGUCGCGAUUCCAGCAGCCUACCGCGGACAGCCCCCCAGCUCCCUCCCCCUCGUAGGACCCGCAGCAUGGGUGGAGAGGAGAGUGUGAGCAGCGCUACGAGGGAUAACUACAGGAACGUAAUGCAGAGAAUGGGGGAGAUGCAGACCUCAAGGCAAUGGAAUCCUCCGAUGGUCGGCAAUCUACCAUCGGAUUUCUUGAGGUUAUCGGUCUCGGGAGACUCGCCGACGGGCACGGCUGUUUCGCCAUCAUCUCAAACAUCGCAGCCUCGGAUGACACCAGGCAUUCAGCAGAGAUUAGAUGAGAACACCAGUAGACGGAGAUCCGUGGGUCAGCACGAUGCAGAGUCAAACCAGAUGCUGGAGGAUGAAAAGCUAGCGCUGAUGCUCCAGAAUGAGGAGUUCCUUCAUCAGCUUCAGCAGGAUCCUGAAUUCCUGUCAGCUCUUGAGAGAGAUUACCAUGAUGCAUUACGGGAGGGGAGGACCACCAGCAGUUCAACAUCUGGAUCAUCAUCUAUGUCCACUCCCACACCUACUCCUCCUCCACGCCCAUCGCAAUCCCCUCUUCACCGGCAGCCUCCAGACCUUGCCAAUCGCCCCCUCCCUGCAACACCAGCUCCAGAGCUCCCGUCUAGACCGCCUGGCAUGAGGAGAGAAAAUAGUGGGUCUUCUUUUCCUUCAUCUGGUGUCUCAGGGGGCGGGAUGACCAAUGGAGCAACAAGUGCCUCUGGAGGACUCUCCAUGGAAGAUAUUGAGUUCAGGAACAAACUCAACCAUAUGGGCAAAUCUUCCAAGACAAAAUUAUCUCUGCUGGCCGGAAGAUUUCAGAAGAAAAAGAAGCCCUCGAGGAAAUAUGAAACAGGCGAUAGUGGUGCUAAUGAUGCUUUGCUAGGGGGUGAAAGUCUUUAUGAAGAAUUGAUCGAUAAUGAGCCAGCUCAUGAACAUUUAUUGAAGGUUAGGAAACGAUCAUCCAAGAAGAGACAAUUGCUUAGUGGCAAGCAGGAUUCCUUGUUAAAUCAUGAAGAUUCCGAUCCUUACUUCUUCUCCAGAUGAAAAUGGACAUUUCCACGAGGUAUAAGGCUGUGAUCUUGAGGCAACACAUUUGAAGUAUACCUAGGUGUUCUAAAUCUCAAGCAGGUGACUCCUAAAACCACUUUGGUCUUAAUUUUAUUCACACAAAGGUAAAUUGCCACUUGGUCCACAUCCGAUUCAUCCACUUUCCAUUUGGUCCUAUCCCACAUGGUCUUACUUCGUCUUUUACCAGUUCAACUAUUUGACCAUUUUAUGAUUGCCACUAAGGUAAUUUUACCAUUUUGCCUCUUUUUUCCAGUUCGGCUAUACCCACUUCAUCUAUUGACCUGGUGGGUGUUUCAUAAAGCUGUUCGUAAGUUAAUAGCGACUUUAAGAACGACUGGUGAUCCUUCCUUGUGGUAAAUGGUAUAUUCAUUGGCGAUGGUUUAGCGCGUAAGAAAGGAUCACCAGUCGUUCUUAAAGUCGCUCUUAACUUACCAACAGCUUUAUGAAACGGCCCCCUGGUUUUACACAACUUGGUCUAUAUGAAAAGAUGAAGUGUUUAAGAACCACAUUUUCAUUUGACAAAGUGUAAAAAUAUAGACAAAGUCAAGAUUCAUCCAUCUGGGCAUUCGACUAGAUGACAGUAAGGGAAUAUUAUACCUGGGACCUGUGUCAUAAAACUUGUUAUGAUAACAAAUUUGCAAUAAUAGUUAAAAGCUACUAAAGUCAUUCAAUAUGAUUGGUUGAUUGCAAACUUGUUAUAGAAAUGGUGAAUUCGUUAUUGUGACGCGACAUGCGUGAUGGUUAGACAAGGUGAAAAUUGGACCGAUUGAUCUGGGGCCACGGAAGCGGGGGAGGGGGGGGGGCUGGGGGCUUCAGGCCCCCCCUAUUUUUUCCAAAACCGUGUACAAAAACCUAAAAAUGACCAUAUGAUUGUAAUUUUUUGCAUGGUCAGUCCCCCACUUUGAAAACCGUUCCGCAGCCCCUGUUGAUGGUAGACCAAGUUGGUUUAGCCAUGAUGAUGACAUUAGAUGAUCUGAGUGUUAGACCAUCUACUAGUAGACCAAGUGGGUUUAGCCAUGACGAUGGUAUUAGAAGAUGUAUUACACAAUUACGACCUGAUAGUAGGCCAAGUGAAUUCAAACACUGCAGAAAACAAAAGGCUACAUGUAUCUUCAGGAUCAUCAGAGGGAUUGUACAAGGUUGUCCUGUAAUCAAGAAGUCCUGAGGUAUAGCAUGUGACACAGGUUUUUACAUGUGAUUCCUAAUUAACCCGUACUGCCUUUGAUAGUUGUAAGGCCUAGCAACCAACCAGAAUGACCUCAUACAUGUGUAUGUUGCAGGUAGGAAUCAGACAUUUGAUAUUGUCGGUGUGUUUUGCUACAGCACCAAGAUUUCUACUUGUAUUUUUUUUCGUAGACAACCAACAACCAAAUAUCACAUUUGUUUUCUAAUGUAAAUGAUAUAUUUCAAGAGAGACUAUUUAUGCUUCUCCCCACAGUCAUUGGUUCCAGGGGGCAUAAUAAGUUCUUGCAUAAUUGAAAAAGUAUGCAAAGCAUAGGGUAUCCCUAAAUUGGCCAAAUUUGUUGUUUUUCAACAAAGUUUAAAUCGCGCCACAAAAGCGGAGGAUCCUGUACCUCGAGGGCCCCCCCCCUCGAGUGUUUUAGGAAUGGACUUGUCAGAUGUUUUAUCCGGCAAAGUAUGUUUGAUCUGAUAGUUACCAUAGUAACAAGUCUGAUAUCUGUACUUCUCAGUCAAUCAAAUCAAGGGAAAUUUGGCAGUUCUGGCGACUUGUUCGAUGACAAAUAUGUUAAUGAAAUUCCCUCGUGGCCAUGGCCAUAGCACUUGAAAAUUGAGAGCAUCACAUGAAUGUAACAUUCU